CCGUGUUCGCGCCUCCGCGGGCACCGGGCGCCCCCGGCUGCUCCCUCCGGGCACGCCGAGGCAGCACCGAGCCGCCCGGGGAGGGGCGGCGGGCGGGUAGAUACGUAGAUAGAUAAAUAGGUGGGUAGGUAGGGGAGACCCGGCUGCGUCCUGCUGCCUCCUCAUCGUCAUGGCUGGCUCGGAGCAGCCGCCGCCGCGGCGGGAGGACGGGGAAGCCCCGCUGCCCAUCGAGGACGCGGAGCUGGCGCUGGCCGGCAUCAACAUGCUGCUGAACAACGGCUUCCGCGAGUCCGACCAGCUCUUCAAGAAAUACAGAAACCAUAGUCCAUUAAUGAGUUUUGGAGCCAGUUUUGUCAGUUUUUUGAAUGCCAUGAUGACAUUUGAAGAAGAGAAAAUGCAGCUGGCGUGUGAUGACUUAAAGGCUACAGAGAAACUUUGUGAAAGUGAAGAAGCUGGAGUUAUAGAAACAAUCAAGAAUAAAAUUAAAAAGAAUGUUGAUGGACGAAAAUCCACUCUAUCCAUGAUAGAUCGUCUACAAAGACAAAUAAUUGUAGCAGACUGUCAAGUCUACUUGGCUGUGCUCUCAUUUGUAAAACAAGAGUUAUCAGCAUACAUAAAAGGUGGGUGGAUACUCCGAAAAGCCUGGAAAAUUUACAAUAAGUGCUAUACGGACAUUAAUACACUUCAGGAAAUAUAUCAGAAGAAAACAACUCAGGAAUCCUUGACUUCUGAUGCUGCAAAUGAUAAUCAUAUUGCUGCAGAAGGUGUAACGGAGGAUUCGCUAAACAGACUGAAAGGUGCUGUUAGCUUUGGAUAUGGACUUUUUCAUCUUUGCAUAUCCAUGGUGCCCCCAAACCUGCUCAAAAUCAUCAACCUGCUGGGUUUUCCUGGAGACCGCCUACAGGGGCUUUCUUCACUGAUGUAUGCAAGUGAAAGUAAGGACAUGAAGGCCCCUUUAGCUACAUUAGCUCUGUUGUGGUACCACACAGUUGUUCGUCCCUUUUUUGCCCUUGAUGGCAGUGAUAACAAGGCAGGAUUGAAAGAGGCAAAAGAAAUUCUUGCAAAAAAAGAAUCUGCUUAUCCAAAUUCUUCUCUGUUCAUGUUCUUCAAGGGAAGGAUACAGCGAUUAGAGUGUCAAAUCAAUAGUGCCUUGACCUCAUUUCAUACUGCUUUGGAACUUGCAACAGACCAAAGGGAGAUUCAACAUGUCUGCUUAUAUGAAAUAGGUUGGUGCAGCAUGAUAGAGAUGAAUUUCAAAGAUGCGUUUGAAUCCUUUGAAAGGCUUAAAAAUGAAUCCAGGUGGUCCCAGUGCUACUAUGCUUAUUUAACAGCAGUGUGUCAAGGAGCCACUGGUGAUGUCAACGGUGCUCAGAAUGUUUUCAAGGAAGUUCAGAAGCUUUUCAAAAGAAAAAACAAUCAGAUUGAACAAUUUUCAGUGAAAAAGGCAGAUAGAUUUAGAAAACAAAUGCCGACCAAAGAGCUCUGUGUCCUGGCAUCCAUUGAAGUAUUGUACUUAUGGAAAGCCCUUCCAAACUGUUCCCUUUCAAACUUACAGCAUAUGAGCCAAGCUUGUCAGGAUGUUGAUGAUUCAUCAGCUGUUGGUUUGAGGAAUUUGCUUCUUGGUGCCAUACACAAAUGCUUAGGAAAUUCUGAAGAUGCUGUUCAGUUCUUUCAGCGAGCUGCUAAAGAUGAACUGUGCCGUCAAAACAACUUAUACGUCCAGCCAUAUGCUUGCUAUGAACUUGGCUGUCUUCUUUUAGACAACCCAGAGACUGUGCCAAGAGGCAAAACCUUACUUCUCCAAGCCAAGGAGGAAUUUAGUGGCUAUGACUUUGAGAACAGAUUGCACGUCCGCAUACAUGCAGCCUUAGCCUCUCUAAGGGAGGUAGUUCCACAGUGACAGACAGGAGGUCUUGUUGUCCUUUCCCACAGUUUCUGCACUUUAAGAUGAAGCAGAAGAAAGAGCUGUUGGGAAGACCAGCUUUUCUUCUGAAAAACCACUUGUGCCAGAGACACUUUCCUAGUAUGGUCAGAGUUGGUAUGGCUUAGUAAACAUUACAAUUGUAACUAAAAGUAAAUCAACCAGGAAGAAGGUUAAGUGACCUUGUGUUUUUUAACUCUUCAGUUUUUAUUCUGUUUAAACCAAGCUGAAGACAAUUGCUUGUAACUGUGGAUAAGCCUAAAUAAGCACACAUGAUUUACUUCAACAAUAUUGGCAGGUGUGAUUUUUACCUUUUAAAAUAGAUCUAGAUCUAAAAUAUGACAAGGGGAGCACUUCUGUUUUGAUUAGAAUAAUACAAUAAAAGUAAUCACUGUAAAUGUUGAAGUUGGGAAUAGUCAGAACACUUUUU